AUGGAAGAUACGGGGACGAUGGGUGAGGCCGGGAGAAGUGCGAGUGCGAGUGGGAGUGGGAGUGUCAGUGUGGACGUGAACGUGGAUGUCGGGAUCGAAGGCGAGGAGUAUACGGGCGGCGAUUGCGCUUUGACUGGUGUCCUGGCUCCGUUUGGGACUCGAAUGGUACCACUGUCAGACUGGCAUUGA